AUGGCAACCUCAGAACCAUUUGUCGAUUCCCUGUGGGAAAUGAUUGAAAAGACCACUCAUUAUAUAAACACAACACACAUACCCAUAUUAGGAGAGUGGUCCUUGCGAUCGAUUUUCCAAAUCGGUUUGAUAUGGUAUCUUGUGAUAAAGCUAUCAACUCGAGGUACUCAGCUUGAGGAGUACAGGAAACGGCUUCAAAAUGCCGAAGCCCAGAUUCAACGAGAUGAAGAAUCCCGGAAAGAAGUUUCAGAGAUAGCUUCGGAUCUUAAGGGGAUGUUGGAGGAGAAAUCGGGGAUGCUUGAGAAUGAUCAUGAGCUGGCUUCGAUGGUGAAAAAAGUAGAUGGGAUUUCAUUGGCUACGGCUACCGCGCAACAGAAAGAUAUUUCAAAAUCGAUAUCUUCUUCAUCCGGUCCCAAAAUGACUAUUAGUCAACUCUACAUCUACCCCAUCAAAUCUCUCCGAGGAUGUUCUCUCCCCUCCGCCACCCUAACCAAAGAGGGAUUUUCCUACGAUCGCAAAUUCAUGCUCCUUCGCAUCCGCGAUCCCAAUUCCAAAUGGGGUUCCUAUCAAAAUAUGCAUAUAUCCGAGUUUCCAGAAAUGGCUCUAUUCCAUACCUCCAUCAAAGACUCCACUCUCCACGUAACCUACCACGCCCCCUCUUCCUCCUCCCAAACUCCAGUCUCUCCACACCCAACCCUAACCAUCGACCUAUCCCCCUCCACCCUCUCCCACCUUCCAGAAAUUUCAAUCACUAUGCACAAGAGCCCCAUGACAGCCUACGACAUGGGAUCCACCUACAACAACUGGUUUUCCCAAUACUUCAAAUACCCCGUACUCCUCGCCUACGCCGGGCCCAACCGACGUCUCGUGCUCGGCAAUCUCCCCGGACAACCCGCAACCUACACCCCUCCCACUCGCCCCCUCCUUCAAAAAAUCCCCCUCCUCAAUUCCCUUCUCCCCAUCCCCAAAUCCCCCUCCAUCAUCUUCAACGACUGCGCUCCCUACCUCAUCAUCACCCAAUCCUCCUGCGAUGACGUAACCAGCCGUCUCCCCUCCCCAACCCCCAAAAUGGACAUUACAAAAUUCCGCGCCAACAUCAUUAUCUCCGGUUCGCCCCGCCCGUACGAUGAAGAUUACUGGGGCGGAUUAACCUUCUCCUCCGACUCCAAUUCCCCCAAAGAAAUCCUCCUAACCGCCAACUGUGGGCGCUGCGUAUCCCUAAACGUGGACCACGAAACCGGCACCCCCGCCCCCAAAGAAAAAGAAGUCCUCAAACUCCUCAUGAAAGAUCGACGGGUAGACGACGGCAUGAAAUAUAGUCCUAUAUUCGGGCGCUACGGGUUUCUCGGAAAUGGAGAUGUGUGCGAAGGGAAGAUGUUGAAAGUUGGUGAUGCGGUACAAGUUUCGAGGAGGAAUGGAGAGAGGACAAGAUUUUGUAGGUUUAUUCUUUCCUUUCUUCCCCUGAUGAUACAACAACCCCAACUUCCAAAACCUAGCUAA